AUGCCGUUGUCGCACCUUAAGUCGGAAGAGGAAGUAGACAGUUUCCUUAAGGACUGCAAGCAACUUACGCUUCUAUACUUGUUUGCUCCAUGGGCUGCUGAAUGUCAGCAGAUAACUGAGGUAUUUCAAACUCUUGCUGAGGAUUGUGAAAAUAGGAGCGUAAAUGCGGAGGAAGUGCAAGACUUCUGCAAGAAAAAUGAAGUAUCUUCUGUUCCUGUGGUUCUAUUUUUCAAGGAUGGUGAAUCAGUGGCUCGCGUUCAAGGUGCGAAAGCUGCUGAUCUAACUAAAACAGUUGCGUCUCUACGUGAUAAACACGAUGACCAAGAGAGUUUGAAUGCUCGACUCAAAGCUCUGAUUAACAAGGCGCCUAUUAUGCUAUUCAUGAAAGGCACUCCUGAAGAGGCGCGCUGUGGAUUUAGUCGAAGAAUGCUUGAAAUCCUCCAUAAACACAACGUUAAAUUCGACUCGUUCAAUGUUCUCAGUGAUGAAACUGUUCGAGAAGGACUUAAAAUCUACUCCGAUUGGCCUACGUAUCCACAACUGUACGCUAACGGUGAAUUAAUAGGAGGUGUGGAUAUUGUUACCCAACUGGCCGAAAGCAAUGAGUUGCUUUCUGCCCUUGGCCUCCAAUAG